AACGCUAAAAUCAUCACUUUGCCUCCGUCUCUUGUACACACAGGCUGUAUUUUUCGGUCUCUCUCAGAUCUUUGAAUUAGUUUACUUCAAAACUUGUAACAAAAUUGUUCUAACUUUGAAACAUCAAGUUACAGUCCAUGAUGGAAACCACUAGUGAACUUACCAUGGACCCAGCUGAUAUACCAUCCACUGAAGCACAGCAUGUCAUAGACCAUGAUUACUACCCAGUACCCAGGUUCAAAACCGAACCAGAUAUACCUUAUCUACCCAGACUUCUACCACCGACAGUACUCUAUCAAACGCCCGGGAGACGGAGGCAACGUCAAGGUCGAGAUUACGGUCGAUGGACUGCGGUGAUAUGUAUGAAGACAACUGGGUACCAGCCGGCAGACAGUCGGUGGUAUUUGGCACGCCUUCCGGUGAGGUGACCUGGCGCAGGCGCUCAGGGGAGGAACGAGUUUCAGAAGACCAGGGUUUUAUCCAUCCUGGCAAGUCCUGCAUCAUAUCCAGUGGAGAAGCCAGGGCCCCGGGGGUCAGGAACAAAGCCUUGCAAGGUGGAAUUGAUAUGGUAUUGGGGGGUAGGGGGGAAUACAGGGAUUUUUGUACUAAUGCUAAUUAUCGUGGAUCAGUUCCUUUAAUCGCGGACAGGACCUUGGCCGAUGGUAUUAUAGACCAGUGUCAGGUACCUGGGGGAUAUACUGGUAGGGGAUGGGAACAAAGGGAAAAAUUUCACUCUGAUGAGCAGUCAGAGGCUGGCCUGCUGGAUGAACCUUUGACGGGAUAUCAGGGUGUGAGGAGUCGAGUUACUGUAGGGGCCAGUACAGAACGGCUCCUUGGUCCCCGUGAUACUCGUGUUGAUGCAGACUUCAAUGCUUUUUUACCUAGGAAUAGAGAUGUUGGAAGGCCAUUGUCUUCAAACAUGCCACUCGAACCUUUACAGUACCCAGUACAAACCCCAAUUAUGACAAGUAUGACUACUAAGCCAUCAAGCAACAUUAAACCACCCACUUACGAUGGUACUUCUGACCUUAGUUCUUAUUUGACACAGUUUGAAAUGACAAGUGACCUAAAUAAUUGGACCCGUGAUAAGAAGGCCCUCCAGUUAGCUGUGAGUCUACGUGGCAAUGCCACUGAAAUAUUAAAUGAUAUCCCCUUGCACAGAAGGAGAGACUAUGACCAUAUAGUAUCACAUCUAGUAGAACGGUUCCAGCCACAAAAUCAGAGAAAGUUACAUGUAGCUAAAUUAAGGGCACGCAUUCGAAAGCGCAACGAGUCUUUAGAUGACCUCGCCAAUGACAUAAAGAAACUAGUUAGACUAGCAUACCCAGAUCUAGACAUGAACUGUAGGGAAGAGAUGGCCCUUGAAGCUUUUGCAGAGGCCCUAAAUGACGACCAAUUACGCAGAGACCUGAUAGUAGGAGGCCCCAAAACAAUGUCUGAGGCCCUAAGAUUAGCAGUAGAAUCUGAAUUAAAUUAUACAAGACGAAGUUCUUAUUCCCGAAUGGUCCAAAAUGAACCAUUAGAUGGCAUAUUGCGGAGAGUAGAUGAAUUGGAGAGACGUUCAGAAACUCAAAUGUAUCAGAGAAUAGCCCAAAUUGAAAACGAACAGGGUAAGAAUGAAACCAGAAAUAACAGGUCAGAUAACCCUGGUAGCAGAAUACCACCACGGAAACCCAGAUCAGGUGUAUGCCAUCGUUGCGGACUACCAGGUCACUACAGAAGCAAUUGCCCUCAGUUAAAGGAUCCCAGGAAUCUUCCUUAUAACAAAUUCCACAACCCACAAUAUAGAGGUACCCAAGAGUAUAGAAAUCAAUACCAGAACAAAAGUAGUCGAGAUACUAGACCUCAGAAUCAGGGAAACGGUUAUUAG